AUGGACAGAACUGGUUCAAGACUUCUGCUUGUGGAUAAUGAUUUCCUGGACAGUGAAAGUGGAGGUGAAUCAUCUUCUGGUUAUGAAUCCAGUGACUCUUCCAAUAUAUCACGUGACUCGAGCCCCGCCCCUUCUAGCCUGCCUCACCCUUCAGCUCAGAGCCAUGUGAUGAUCUUCAAAAGCACCUCCGGUCUUCAGGACAGCCUUGCUUUUAUUCUCAACAUGCCCGAGCUGUGUGAUGUCACUUUCCUUGUUGGCAAAGAUCAAGUUCCGGUUCAUGGGGUCAAGGCCAUUCUAGCAACUCGUAGCCGGUCUUUGUAUCAACUGGUCCUGCACCAUCAGAGACAGUCGGAGCUGACAAAGACUACCAAGAAGAGAUUCAAGAAACAGAAACCCCCUCCCUACCCGAACACGCUCGUCAUCCACGUCCCUGACUACCAGGUGGAGACAUUCAGAAGGUUCAUCACCUUUGUCCAUUCGGGCAAGGUCAAAGUCGACGUCAACCACGUUGUCGGUCUUCUUUGCGCAUCAGAAGAGUUCCGACUUCCUGAUCUCCGCACUGCUUGCACGGAUUUCAUAGACAGAUGUCAAGGUCACGGACAGAGAGAAAAACUCAGAGCAACAGCCAGGCAAUAUCCACACAAAAUACCUGCUCAAAGGCUACUGGCUGAGAUAACAGAGCAAACUAAAGAGGGUCCCACCUGCAAGAUAUUGUUGAAGCAUGGCCUGGUCAUCACCUGCCACGACAACACAGUGGUCUCCCUCAUCAGCAGCUACGACAGCACAGUGGUCUCCCUCAUCACCAGCUACGACAGCAUAGUGGCCUCCCUCAUCACCAGCCACAACAACACAGUUGUCUCCUGA